ACUUUAAGCUAUGCAAUUUUAUUCUGAGCAACAGUCAUUCAAUAGACUUACAUUACCUUCCAUAAGAGAUGAUUAUAUCUACAAUAUGUCGAAUAAGAACGUUUAUGCAUCCGAUGUCAAUCUAUUGGACGGUCGAUCCGUCAUUAACCCUCAACAAAUAAAUGUGCGUUUACCUAGUAUCAGUGAACUUAAUUGUUAUAUUUCUCGAUCAGCCUCAUCCACAUACUCCCCUUAUCCUGUCGUAUCUCAACAAAGUGUUCGUGCAACGGCACGCACUACCAAAAAGCAUAGAAGCCUAUCUUCUUUUACGUCACAAAAAGUUACCUUUCCAUUAAAGUGUCACUCCUGUCAAAGUACCGAAACACCAGAGUGGCGUAAAGGACCCUUAGGACCUCGUACUUUGUGUAAUGCGUGUGGUCUAAUUUGGACUAAACUGUGCAAGCAAGAGAAGGCAAAGAAAGCCCUCAAAGAUCAAGAUGCAUGUAAACAGAUGGUCAGAAAGUCUCCUUCAUCUGUCUCUACUACUUGCACUAGUACUACUUCCAUGACCGAUUCUCCUUCUCCUUCUCCUUCUCCUUCUCCUUCUCCUUCUCCUUCUCUUUCUCUUUCUCUUUCUCCUACCACUAUCAAGAAUAACAGACCCACCCUAUCGUUUUUGUUGUCAUAG